AUGUUUAGUUGCAUUUGCAAAAAAUUGCAGUAUGGUAGCUCUGUUGUUAAAUCUUCACCAAGACUUCAACUCUAUUUUCACCAAAACCACCCAUUGUCGUCCUCAUCAACAAUUCUCGAAUCAAUCUCAAACACUGCAAAUGAACACUCAUUUACAGUCUCUUACCUCAUAAACUCAUGUGGGUUUUCUCUAGAAAAAGCACUAUCAGCCUCCAAGGAUGUGAAUUUUGAAGCACCUGACAAACCAGACUCUGUCCUGAAUUUCUUCAAGAACCAUGGAUUCACUGAAACCCAGAUUUCAAACAUGACAAACAGAGAUCCUUCAGUCCUCUUAUGUGAUCCAAGAGAAACCCUUUUGCCUAAAUUUGAUUUUUUCCAAUCUAAGGGAAUUUCAAACCUAGAUAUUGCCAAAAUGCUGUCUUCAACACCAAGUAUCCUGAGGAGAAGCUUGGAAAAUCAAAUCAUUCCAUCGUUUGAUUUCUUCAAGAAUUGGCUUGAAUCUGAUGACGAUACAGUCUUCGCCAUUAAACGAUUUCAUAAGCUUUUGUUGCAUGAUCUUCAAACCUAUGUGGCACCUAAUAUUGAGAUUUUAAGAGAAUUAGGGGUGCCUGAGUCAAAUCUUGUUGUUCUGUUGAAGUACCAUCCUAGAGUUUUCAUGACAAAAUCUGAUAGGUUUAAGGAAAUUGUGGAGGAAGUUAAGAAAAUUGGGAUCAACCCUAUAACAAUGAAAUUUGUCCAGGCUGUUCAGGCGAUGAGGGGGAUGAGUAGAUUGACUUGGAAAAAGAAGGUGGAGCUUUAUAAGAAAUGGGGUUGGUCUGAGAAUGACGUGCUCACUGCUUUUGGGAAGCAUCCGUGGUGUAUGACUGCAUCAGAGGAUAAGAUUAUGGGAGUCAUGGAUUUUUUAGUGAGCAAAAUGGGUCUGGAUUCUUCUGUCAUUGCAAGAAGACCAGAUAUCAUCUCUCUGAGCUUGGAUAAGAGGAUUGUUCCGAGGUGUUCAGUUUAUCAGGCUUUGUUGGAAAAAGGUUUGAUCACUAAGGAUUUUAGCUUGAGAAGAAUGUUGGAGUCUACAGAACAGUUGUUUCUCAAGAAGUUUGUGGAGUGCUUCGAGGAGGAAGCUUCUGAGCUGUUGAAGUUGUAUCAGGAAAAGUUGGAGCUUUCAGUGUAUGAUGUGGAUUAG